GCUGCACUGAAGGAGUUGAACCACUACAAGUUUGAGUCCGAAAGCAGGGACCGAAAGACGCAACUGCAGGUGCCAGACCUGCCUUCGGCACCCAAGGAGCUCCAACCUCCUGUGCCUUUGAAAGAGCCUGUUCUGCCGGAGGACGAGGCAGAAAGGGAAGUUCAGGAG